AUGCUACAGGACCCCACACUCAAACCGCUGUUUUUUCUACGCUGCCGAGCUAACAAAGCCCCGAAGUUCUCCUGGCCUCUUUGCUAUGCGAAGAAUCCAGAUAAUCUUACCAUCUUCGAAAUAUUUCCCUCAUUUCGGUGGGUAUUCCCACAAGCUCCUCUCCUCCCAUGCGCCGCCUUUCCGCGGCUCCGCCUGAGAAGAAAACCCAAUGGCUCGACAUCUGGGACGUGGCAAGCAUCUCAGACUACGACGAUCACCAAGCCAUCGAUCAAAAAGACAGCGUUGCCUAUAUACAAACUUCCUUAGCCGCAGAAACUACGAUUCUGGAUAAUCGGUGGGGGAAAGUUGUUUUAGGGGGUCUUAGUCAGGGGGUAUUAGUCAGGGGGCUGUGACAAGUGGACACACGUUGUUGACUUUGGAUCUCCCACCUAGUUAGAGACUCGGUGCGGUUCUUGGGGUUUGUUGUAGAAUAUCGUUCCCUGGGAAAUCGGUGGUUAAGAUUAGGAAGGGUUUGAGUUUGAACGGGAUACUGGAGGCAGAUUGA